GUGGGCGUGGACGCGUGACGUCAGCGCGAAGAUGGCGGCCUCGGCGGCGCUGCUCCUGCGCUUGCGGAGCGGGCUGCGGCUCGGGGCGCGGGGACUGUGCGCGAGGCUGGCGCCGCCGCCCCCGGGGGCCCCGGAGCAGGCUGCAGAGAUUGGGAGCCAAGGGAGCACUCAGGCCCAGGGGUCUCCACAGCAGCGAGGCACAGAGGGGCCGGGUUAUGCCAAAAAGGUGGCCCUGUGGCUGGCUGGGCUGCUGGGCGCUGGUGGGACCGUAAGCAUCGUCUAUAUCUUCGGAAACAACUCUGUGGAUGAAAGUGGUGCCAAGAUUCCUGAUGAAUUUGACAAUGAUCCAAUUCUGGUACAGCAGUUGCGCCGGACGUACAAAUAUUUCAAAGAUUAUAGACAGAUGAUCAUCGAGCCCACCAGCGCCUGUCUCCUUCCAGACCCCCUGCGGGAACCUUACUACCAGCCUCCCUACACCUUGGUGCUCGAGCUCACUGGAGUCCUCCUGCACCCUGAGUGGUCGCUGGCCACUGGCUGGAGGUUCAAGAAGCGACCGGGCAUUGAGACCCUGUUCCAGCAGCUCGCCCCCCUGUACGAGAUCGUCAUCUUCACGUCCGAGACGGGCAUGACGGCGUUUCCGCUCAUUGAUAGCGUCGACCCCCACGGCUUCAUCUCCUACCGUCUCUUCCGUGAUGCCACCAGAUACAUGGACGGGCACCACGUAAAGGACAUUUCCUGCCUGAACCGGGACCCGGCACGAGUGGUCGUGGUGGACUGCAAAAAGGAGGCCUUCCGGCUGCAGCCCUUCAACGGCGUGGCCCUGCGGCCCUGGGAUGGCAAUUCAGACGAUCGCGCCUUGCUGGACUUGUCUGCCUUCCUCAAAACCAUCGCUCUGAAUGGUGUGGAGGAUGUCCGGACUGUGUUAGAGCAUUAUGCCAUGGAGGAGGACCCUCUGGAAGCCUUUAAACAGCGGCAGAGCCGGCUGGAGCAGGAGGAGCAGCAGCGUCUGGCUGAACUCUCCAGGUCCAGCAAGCACAACCUCUUUGGUGCACUCACGAGCCGCUUGUGGCCUCGCUCCAAACAGCCCUGAUUUCGGGGCCCCCCUCAGACUUGGUGCCCGGCUCCUGGCUCCCCCCACCUCACACCCCAUGCCAGGCUCGGGCAGCCACCAGUUCAAUAAAGUCUGUCCCAGAUGCCA